AUGACUCUCAGUUUUCUACCAGGGCAACCGAAUGUGACACAGCAAACUGCGUGUCAAAGCACCUGGUGCGGACACCCAAUCCUAGCUUAUUGUUCUGGAAACAACCUCAUUAUUCUAUCAGAUGAUUUUAGUAAAUUACAAACAUUGUACCUACCGUCUGAUUGUGUGGCCGUUGACAUAGACUCAGAAAAUGGCUGGAUAGCGGUGGCCUUUGGAAACUUGGUUCACGUUUACAAGCCUCUUUAUCAAGUGAUGAAAAGCCCGAAGUGGGUUCUCGGCACCGAAAUUUUCCAUGAUAAUUCUCAAGUCAACACUUUGAGUUGGGGUGCCACUGGAGAGUUGGUAAUUGGCUCUGAUUAUUUGUCUUUUUGGAAAAUACGUGAUGAAUUUGGGAAAUACAAACCAUAUCUUCUUUGGACCAAAAAACAGUUCAAGCCUGUGUACCUAUGCAAAAUAUCAGAUGAUUCGCAGAUUAUUGCCAGUAUGCACAAGUACAGCAAAAUUGUUAAACUUUGGAAACGCAUAUCAAUUGGGGGGGACGAGGAUGUCUUUGAUUUGACUAUAAUAUCCCAUCCUGAUUUCGUCACGACAUUAAGGUGGAGAAGGACUCACACUUCCUGCAGUCUUCAAAGGAACUCGCAUAUACUGUACACGUUAUGUCAAGACAGAAAACUGCGACUUUGGACGUAUUACGAACUGGAUACUCGUCGAAAUGUUCAGCAGUGGGGAGUUCUUUCUUUGGGGAGUGAAACGAUUAAUUUCUGCGCCAUUUUGGACAGCUGGCUUGUCGAAAUAGUGUUUGCUGGCGUUAAAACGAGCACUAACCUAUUUUUCUCAACAAAUGUUCCUGAUAUUGUUGCUACCGGGGACGCUGAAGGUAACAUUGUACUGUAUGCCUUAGAUAAUCUGUCUCACGAUCCGCCAAAGUUAAUGGCUACAAGAAGGUUAAAAACAACGUCUGUUCAAGCACCUUUCCACGUUUUCAAACCAUACAUUCUCUAUUUUGCGGAGCCUCAGGCGUACACUAAACAAAAGACUGAAAUUUCGCUAAUCGUUCAUGACAUUCGCGGUGUAGUACGACACGAACUUAUAGACCUUCCGUUGUUACUUUCAUCAGCGAAUGAUGGCACUUGCUUUGAGUUAGAACACAAGUUUACUGGGCACGAAAAGUCCAUACAAAAGUUGGCACGCAGCAGUGACGGAGAAUCACUUGUGACGCUCUCUAGGUUUACGGAGAACAGCGUUUGGGUGCCAGAAAGGCUUGCAGAGGGUAUGCAUCUCCGAAAGAAAAACAUCAUUCAUUCAGAAGUGCCGGUGAGAGAAGUUGUUGUCCUCGAGAAAGGUAGUUUAGUUGUGGGUCUGCUAGAAAAUCUAAAACUAGUCCUUUGGAAGUGUCCUGACGUGCGUGGUAGUAAGAACUCAGUGCCACAAGGAGAGUUUAGUUUAGAAGCUUCUGACGGGCUUCCAAUGCUACUUCUGAACACCCCUGAAAAAAAACACAGGCAUAAUGUUCAUUACAUUGCCGUUGUUUAUAGUACGGGCCAAACGAAGGGAUUUGAGAUCACAUUCCAAAAGGGAAUAUUACCUGUGGCCUCCGGUCGCAUAGAGCUUGAGGGCGACAAUGAAAUUUACAAGUUGUCGGCAAUAGACCCCGUGAAUUACGGAUUUCUUGCCGAUAGAUCUUUAAUAUCCGUAAUCAAUCGGAAGGGGAUCGUUCGGGCUUACAAAGCUAUUGUACAGCUCGAUAAAAACAAAGGGAUAGAUUGGGUUAAAACUAAUGAGGUGAACACUGGAUUGAUCGAUAGUGCCCACAUUAGUGGCUCUUCCAUAAACAAAAUGUGCAUUGUUGAUAAAACACAAAAGACUCUCACACUAUGGGACAUGAAGAGAAGUUUUCUCGAAUAUCGUCAUACCUUUGAUGAUAAAAUUGUUGAUAUCGACUGGACGAGUACAAAAUUUUCGCAGAGUGUUCUUUCCGUGGGCUUUGAAACCGAGGUUCUUUUGUAUACUCAGUUAAGAUACGACUAUACCACUAAAAACCCUAGUUUUCUUCCUGUCGAGAAAAUAGACAUAAGCCAACAUACCUCCCACGCUAUUGGCGAUUCCGUUUGGUUGACUGACGGGACUCUUGUGAUUGCUUCUGGGAAUCAGCUUUUCGUCAAGGACAAGUCAUUGGACCUGGAUGAUCCGUUUACCAGUCAGUCCAUUGGCUCGAGAAAAAUCCUAUCAAAUGAUAUCCUGCAUCUGAGCGGUGUUUUAAAUGGUCCUUUGCCUGUGUACCAUCCGCAAUUUUUAAUUCAAGCACUUUACGCGCAAAAAGUUUGCCUUGUCAGGGAGAUUCUUUUAAAGCUUUUUCUAAAGCUAAGAGAUUUUGAAUUCAAUUCAUUUGAUAUUGCGACACUAGGAUCGGAUCUCGAAUUCUCUUCUGCCAAGUUUCUCCAUGAUGGCGACAAAUCUUACAAAUACGAUUUAUAUCCAGAGCCCUACACUGCAUUCACCCCAAAGGUUGCCGAAGCCUUGCGACAAAAGCUGAUGGAAAUAGCACUUCCAUUUCUAACUCGGCAUCAACAAGUUACUCUAAUAACGAUCAUUGAAGCAAUUGAGGACAUUGAUCAAAAUGAAAAGGCCGUCGAUUACUGCGGCCUUAUGUUCAUUUUAGGCUUAAAAUUGUUGAACUCGCAUAAAGCGACCCAGAAAAGCAUUUCGAUGCGAGAUGUUUUAUGGGCGAUACACUCGGCCAACAAAAACAUUCUAUUUCUAUCCUUAAAGCCCUCUCUGACUUCUUGGGACCACGCGCGGGAAUCGCGGGUAUCGUUUUGGCUAGAGAACAGAGAUCUUGUGAAAACCUUCGAGGAUAUUGCCAAAUAUGAGUUCAACAAAGAUGGUCGUCGCGAUCCGACUAAUUGUGCUAUUUUUUACUACGCACUGAAAAAGAAGCACAUUUUAAUGGGUUUAUGGCGCGUCAGCGCUGCUCAUCCCGAGCAGCAGAAAAUACUCAAGUUUUUGAAUAAUGAUUUCAACGAGCGAAGAUGGAAGACUGCAGCAUUCAAAAACGCCUUCGUAUUGUUGAGCAAACACCGCUAUAUGGACGCUGCUUGUUUUUUCUUACUUGCUGGCUCUUUAAAGGAUGCAGCUAGUGUCCUUAUGAAGCAGUGCGAUGACAUAUGCCUUGCUGUCGGUGUUUGCAGAGUGUACGAAGGCGACAGUGGGCCAGUUCUCCGGGAACUCCUUCUCAGAAAUGUGCUUCCUGGUGCCAUCGAAAACAGCGAUCGUUGGGUCGCGAGCUUCUUUUAUUCGGUAACAGGUAAUCCAGCACUGGCCAAUGAGGCGCUACUGAAGGCGCCUGCUUGCAUAGAAGAGAACGAAAAAGUUGUUGAAAACUAUAAUGUCGUGAAUCAAUCUUUUCUGGUGGAAGAUCCGGCCUUGCUUCAUUUGUACAGAAUCGUUCGCGAUAGGUCUCCAUGCAACAGCAAAAAAGAAGCUCAUAUGAAUGGAAGUCUAGAAUACGAUACAUUAGCGAGAGUGGUCGGUAUCUAUUCAAGAAUGGGCUGCGAUUAUCUUGGCCUAUCAGUAGUGAAAAAUUGGGUAUUUUGUGACGUCGAUUGGGCAAGUCGCAACAAAGCAGAUAAGGAGGCUUACGCUGACGGUUUUAUGAAUAAAGAGAACGCAGAGGUUUCGAACAUGCAAUCAAAGCCUGGGCCAUCCGAUGUAAAGCACCAGGCUCAACCUCGGAACAUCUUAGACGAGUUUUUCGGCCCUCAAUCGCCCAAGAGCGCACCCAAAAGCUCCUUCAUCAAUUCUUCAUCGAAUGAGUCUCCAGAAGUGCCGCGUGUCUCAGAUCACUUUGAAAAGGCCGGGAAGAGUUCCCCUGCCAAAUCAUUCAAAAAGCCCCCAAAUUUACUCGAUGCCUUUAUGUAA